CCGGCCCCGCCCCGCAGCGCGCGGCCUGACCGGCGCCGCCGCGUCCGUGCCCGGGCCAGACCCGCCGUCGCCGUCGCCGUGUCCGCCUCGGCUCGGCCGGUGCCUCCGCCGCGACCAUGCCCCGGGGGAGCCGCAGCGUGGCCGCCCGGCCGGCCAGCCGCACCGCCGCGCCCUCUGCCCACCCGCCCGCGCACCCGCCGCCCGCGGCCCCGGCCCCCGCUCCGCCCGGCCAGCCCGGCCUGAUGGCGCAGAUGGCGACCACGGCCGCCGGAGUGGCGGUGGGCUCCGCCGUGGGACACGUCGUGGGCAGCGCCCUGACCGGAGCCUUCAGCGGCGGGGGCUCAGAGCCCGUCCAGCCUGCUGCCCCGCAGGCCCCGGCCCCCGCUGCCCCGCAGCCCCUGCAGGUGGGGCCCUGCGCCUAUGAGAUCAGGCAGUUUCUGGACUGCGCCACCACUCAGAGCGACCUGACCCUGUGUGAGGGCUUCAGCGAGGCCCUGAAGCAGUGCAAGUACAACCACGGUCUGAGCUCCCUGCCCUGAAGAGACGGGUGCAGAUUCAGGGGCCGGCCCUGCCUGCACCCACCUCCACCCCCUCCCCGAUAGCCGGACCUCGACGUCCGAUUGUACCCACGCAGCUGGGACUGGGAGUGAGGAGGGGGUUUCCCUUCCCACACGUGACCCGAGACGAAAACGUGCAAUUAAAAGAGUUUAUUUUCGACCUGA